AAGUACAAGAAUUGGAUAAAACAAAAUAGAGGGAUCAAACUAACAAACAAUUGAGUAGAGGGACCAAUUGCAAGAUUAAGAUUUAAGCCCUAGAAAUUCUAGCAGUCUAUACUACGAGCAAGAGGGAACCCUAGCAAUUCUGUAUUAGCUAAUGCUCUGCCAUGCUCUUCCGUAACCCGCAUCUUGCCGCCUCCAAUCAUCAUCACCUCCUGUAAAAACACCAAUACGCCAACCUGUUCUUUCUUUUUCUUCACAGAUGGUCAAGAUUCAAAUCUUUUCUUGAUCUUAACAAAUCAACACAAAUUUUUUCUGACAUUAAUCUAUGGAAACGAUGUCUAGUGGUGACACAAACAUGAUGCAAGAUUCAGAUUCAAAUUCGCGUCAACAACCCCAUAUUUUGCCUGGAAACAUAAGACAAAUAUUCCAACAUGCCAUCAAUGAUGUUUUUGCAGUAAGAGCAGCCAUUCGAAGCACAAACCAAGAUGGUAAUAACAAUACCACUGCGAGGCGGUUGCCAGCAUCGAAGGACGCAAUUGAUGCCAUGCCAAGAAUAACAGUACAAGAAGGUGGGAAUGAUUGUGCAAUUUGUUUAAAUGAGAUUGGAAUCGGUUCUGAACUUAGAGAGAUGCCUUGUAAACAUGGGUUUCAUUCGGGUUGUAUUGAACAGUGGUUGAGGAUUCAUGGGUCUUGCCCUGUUUGUCGGUUUACGAUGAUGCCUGUGGAAGGAGCAGAGGUCGGGGCUAGUGGAUCUGAAUCUUAGUUUAGACUUUUUGAUUAUGGGUUUCGUUAAAGACUUGCCUGGAACAUUGCAAGGCCAUGCCUGCGUUUACUAAAAAUUAAUAGGAA